CUCUUCGUCCCUCCAGUACUCGAUAAUUAAUGUCCUGCCAUAAAAUAAGACUUUUAAGUCCAGCAGUAAUAUAAACUGCACAAUGAACAACCCGCUCUAGUGUUUAUUUACAUCCCCACUCCAACCUCCGCCAACCUCCGCAUUCCCACCACAGUGCAACAUGAACCUCCGCACGCUGUUUGGCAAGCAGUCCACCAACAAAUCCCUUGUGUACGGCUUAGACCAUGCAAUCCUCAACACCCCAAUCCCGCCGCCGUCCAUGUGGAUGAAUCUCGGCUACUGGAAGGAUACAUCCGACUUCCCCACAGCCUGUGCCGCAUUACUGGACCAGGUCCUGAUCACGGCUUCGCUGAUUGACGAGAAUGGAGACGCGAAGCCGCAUCUGGCGCAGAAGAAGCUCCGUCUGUUCGAUGUGGGCAUUGGGUGCGGAGAUCAGUCGCUGAGGAUACUGGGAUAUAAGAAAGGGGAUAAAAUGAGUUCAGCUGAAGUGAACGGGUCACCGCUAUUCGAUUCCUACACCGGCGUCACUUCUCUACCGGUACAGGCCGAGUUUGCGUCGCAGCGGAUCGAGCACCAUCUCUCUAAGAUAGAAAGCGACAACACGAAAACAAACCCAAGAGCAGCCCAGAUCUUCUGCGCCGACGCCGCAAACCCACCAUCCUGGCCAUCAGAGCUCCAUGCCUCCCUCGACCCAUUCCAAACCGAAACCAAAACCCAAGAUGGCAGAGAAGAAACAGAAAACUGGCUCCUAGCCCUCGAUACCCUCUACCACUUCCACCCCUCGCGCACCCCGCUGUUCAAAUACACCUACUCAACCCUCCACGCCAGCAUCAUGGCCUUCGACCUCCUCCUCCCCUCGUCUCCGCGCCUUUCGUUCUGGACGCGUCUCCUCCUGCGCCUCCUCUGCCUCUUCAGCGGGACACCUUAUACAAACUUCCACACAGAGGAGGAAUAUACCGCCCUCCUUGUGGCUGCGGGGUAUGAUAUCGACAAAAUUGAGUUCAGGGAUAUAUCGGAGGAUGUGUUUGCGGGUAUAGCGGGGUUUUGUCAACGGCGGGGCGAGGUGGUGAGUGCGUAUGGCAUGGGGAAGAUGGGGAAGUUUAAGGGCGCUGGAAGGAUGUUUGGGUGGUGGGCUAGGACGGGGGUUGUUAGGGGCGUUGUUAUUGUUGCGAGGGUUUGAUGCUUUCGCCUAAGUAUUUCAUGGAUGUGUAUAUAUGGAGUAUUGGGGGCACAGCUUGGCAAAAUUCCCCGGAUUGCUUAAUUAGAGGUCUCUUGGCUAGCUCUUGGCUAAACCCAUGGACAGGUUCUACAAUUGAAUAAGAUCAAAGCCGAACUUAAGC